AUGGCGCAGAUUAAAGGGAUCGAUGCCCAUGACCGUCCCCCUGAUAUCAUUCGCCAAUGCUACAAGAAAUACUCCAAGCUCCCCCUGUCGGAAGUCGACAAUGACACAGGAAUCAUUGAUCUGCAAAAAGUAGAUCCAGAGUUGCAAUCGCAAUUUCCUGCCGGCCUCACUCUCUCGCAAUACAUGUCCAGUCAGGAUCUUCGCCUCGCAUUCGAUGCUUUCAUACAAGGCGACCAUUCAAGUCAACCGGCGCAGGGGAAUGCCCAUGCUCCGUUGGCAGAGAACAUUCCCGUCUACACCCAUAAUGCUAUUUCCGGUCUUCUGAUAAUCCCUGCCCUUUUCCCUCCCACCAUUCAGACCGAGCUUCUAUCCCGCUUGUUCCACCGAGAUCUCACCAACCCUCUCCACAAGACCAACCUACACUUGCACUACGACGUCACCUACCCCGGAGGAUCGGAGGAUAUGGAUUCUACCACAGAAAGCUUCUUCGCAGACGACCCGACCCGCACAAUUCAGCCUAAAGAUGCUCAAGUCCACAAGCCCUUGACAAUCCAGAAUGUCCUUGACAAGAAACUCCGCUGGGUUACUCUGGGUGGGCAGUACGAUUGGACUGCAAAGGUUUACCCUGAGGAGGCUCCGCCACCUUUUCCCCAAGACAUUGCGGACCUCCUGCGGGCCGCGUUUCCGCAAACCGAAGCUCAGGCCGCUAUCCUAAAUCUGUACUCGGCGGGAGAUACCCUGAGCGUUCAUCGGGACGUAAGUGAAGACUGUGACGUCGGCUUGAUUAGCGUCAGUUUCGGAUGUGAUGGUCUCUUCUUGGUAAGCCACGAUGACGGAAACGGCUGUGAAGUCAUUCGGCUGCGGUCGGGAGAUGCCGUUUAUAUGAACGGGGCUUCUCGGUUCGCCUGGCAUGGUGUCCCCAAGAUACUGCCGUCCACCUGUCCAAGCUGGUUGGCAGACUGGCCUUCGUCCGAAGGGGAUGAUGUGCCCGGUGCCGCGUCUGGCCCUUUCUCCAUGUGGAAAGGCUGGAUGUCUGGCAAGAGAAUCAAUCUGAACGUACGACAGAUGAUCAACCCCACAAAGCCGUGA